GGUGGUAGGUACCUCAUAGCCUCAUCUGCUUCGGCAUGUGAUCCUUCAACUAGACGCAUCUACAUCUGUCACCCGUCAUCCUCCAACUUGCCCGCUCCCUAUCUUCCUCUCAGUUUCACAGCCAGUUCCAAUAAACCGCCCCAGCUUCGGCUCUCCUAGGCAUAAUUGCCACAUACUAAAGCCUAACAUAUUGGUAUGAAGUGUAUUGCUGUGGCAUUAUAGUACCCUCUCCACACCCUCAUUUACCUAUAUCAUGCUAUAUCCUUAUUGAGGCCUGUGGUGCCAGGCUGGCGAACAGCUAAAUCAUUUCCCCCCUUCAAAACUCCUUAUUCGCUUUUGGCAGAUAUAAGUCCCUUUUCAUGGUCAAGCACAUUUAUACUGUCAUGAGCUGAACACGCCGGAAUGGACGACUUUGGCGCCGACGUCUUCGUCAACCGUGAUGACCCUAUCCCGACUGUCGUUCUCGACGGGUCGACGCCGCCAAAGCCCCGUACUCCACCGAACCAGGCAGACCAUUCCGACGCCGAGUCCAACCAGUCGCACAACCACCGCCGGGGUCUCCGCGGCCGAUUCUCGGCCUUCAAGGAGAAGGCCAAGAUCCAAGACCAGCUUGUCGAGAAGUUGCUAGCCCAGAUCGUCCCCCUCGACGACGACGCCUACGCCACGCAAGAUGACCAGAAGGGCGACGCCGGCGGCGGCAGCCCCGGUGUGGAGCGCCCCAACUUCAACCUGACCACCAUGUCAACUAAUUUCCGGCGCUUCAACGCCCGGAUCGGCGUCGUCUUCGUCUUCCAGGCCCGCGUCAUCCGCCUGCUGUCCUGGCGCCAGCCCACCCAUACGCUCUCCUUCCUCGCCAUCUACACUUUCAUCUGUCUCGACCCUUACCUCCUGCCGCCGCUGCUGCUAGCAAUCCUCCUGGUCGGCGUCCUUGUGCCGAGCUUCGUCGCGCGCCACCCCGCCGUGCCGUUCAAUCUGUCAAGUGAGCAGGCCAUCGGGUACUCGCCUCACGGCCCGCCGAUAGCCCCGGCCGUCACCGUCAAGCCUGUAAAGGAGCUGAGCCGCGACUUCUUCCGUAACAUGCGGGACCUCCAGAACAGCAUGGAGGACUUCACCCAGCUCCACGAUGCCGUCGCGCAGCUGGUCGUGCCGCGCACCAACUUCAGCGACGAGGCGUUCAGCAGCGCCCUCUUCGCCGUCCUCUUCGGUGCCUGCCUCUUCAUGAGCAUCGCGUCGAACGCGCUCCCCUGGCGCCUCAUCUUCCUCUCCCUCGGCUGGGCCGUCACAUGUUCUGGCCACCCGGCGGCGCAGCGCCAACUGCAGGCGGCACACGAGCGACACAUCCACCCGCAGGAGGCGCGGGCGAUGAGCUGGGUCGAGCGGUGGGUCGAGCGCGACGUAGUGCUCGACAGCGCGCCGGAGACACGCGAGGUCGAAGUCUUCGAGCUGCAGCGACUCCGGGGAGGCGCGGGCGGCGAGUGGGAGCCGUGGCUGUUUAGCGCGUCGCCGCACGAUCCGUUGUCGGCGGCGCGGAUCGCGGGGCGCCGACCGGCCGGGACACGGUUCUUCGAAGACGUGCUGCCGCCGCGCGGCUGGGAGUGGAGCGAGAAGAAGUGGGCGCUCGACCUCUGGAGCCGCGAGUGGGUCGAGGAGCGCAUCAUCACGGGCGUCGAGGUCGAGACCGAGGGCGAGCGCUGGGUCUACGACAUCUACGACGAGCAGCAGCAGGCGGCGGCGGCGAGGGUGGGCGUCGUAGAGCUGCCGGUCGCGGGCGUUGUCGACGACGACGCCUCCUACACGGGCAGCAGCUACAGUAAUAAUAACAACAACGAUAGCGGCAGCAACGGCAGUAUCCGGGCCAAGGCCAGGGCAGCGCGACCCCGGCCGAGCUGGGAGGAGGGCGAGGAUGGGGACGGGAGGCGAGGCGAGUGGCGGCGCAGGCGGUGGGUGAGGCUCGUGAAGCGGAAGAAUAUGCCGAACACGGAGGCGUGAUACGGAAUGGGGCAGCGGACGGAGGAGGUGGUUGAAAUCGAAUUAAUUGGAUUCUUGGAUAUCCUACAUCAGGCCUUACUACGUAGUCGGGCCCUCCUGACCGUGCUGUAGCUCGAUCCCACCCCGACGCCAACCUUGAUAUUAAUUGCCCCCCCCCCC